UUCAUACUUCAACUACGGGGCGACAGCUAUUUUCCCAUUUGUGAUUUGGUGUUUAACAUUUCUAGUCUUCUCCCGUAAGAACAGUCCCACCUCCACCAACACCAAAGUGUCAUCAUUGAACCCUCAUGUUUCUCUCCUCCUUUUUAUGUUAUCACCUUUGCUUUUCUUCCUUUCUUUUGGCGUUUGAAUACACUCUUGUGCUUGGUAGGCUGUGCAAUUGAGGUAAAAUGGGCCCUCAACCCCACUCAAACAUUUUAAUGGUACUCCAUUUCGUCUUUCACUGCUCUCUUUGACCCCAUAUUGUUUGCUCUCUCACUUUUUAAUUUUUCUUUUUCUACUUUUAGCUCUUAAUGCGCUAAACAUAAGAUUCUGAGGUUUCUGUUUUCUCCCUUUUGAAACCAUCACUGGUUGUUUUAUGGGGUUUUUGCAUUCGGGAUUUUGGUUUUAGACGUGGGUCUUGGUAACAAUUUUGGAUUUCUGAACUAUGGGUUCACUUCUGUCUGCAAAAUUUCCAUCUUUUUUAUAUCCUUAAGGUUCAGGUCUUCAAUUUAGAUUCUCAAUUCAAGCUGUGGAUUUUGGAAAGAUUAAAAGUCAGCCGCUGUGGAUUUUGGUUUAUGUUUGGUGGGUCAAAGAAUGAUGGUUGUGAGGUAGGGGGCUGGUGUCCUCGAAGUGGAUUGUGGUGAUUUUGGUGUUGGCUAGUUGUUGAAAGAGGAAAACAUGGACAGAAUGGUUCAACCUCCAUUGGUUGAUACAACAGCCUGUUUAUGUAGAGUAGAUGCUGGACUCAAAACUGUUGCUGGAGCAAAAAAAUACGUACCACGUACAAAGCUGUGUCUCCAACCCAGUAUUAAACCGUCCAUUCAUCCAACAAGAAACAAGGCAGCACGUAGUAAUAGGAGCUGUUACCAAUCUCCUCUGCUCCCAGGACUCCCCGAUGAUCUUGCUAUCGCUUGCCUAGUAAGGGUUCCCCGAGUUGAGCACAGGAAGUUACGUGUGGUCUGCAAAAGGUGGUAUAGACUUCUAUCUGGUAACUUCUUUUAUUCACUCCGAAAGAGCCUUGGAAUUGCAGAAGAAUGGAUUUACAUCAUUAAGAGAGAUCGAGAGGGAAAAAUUUCUUGGCAUGCCUUUGAUCCUGUAUACCAGCUCUGGCAGCCACUCCCUCCAGUCCCUAAGGAAUAUUCUGAAGCCCUUGGGUUUGGAUGUGCCGUCCUUAGUGGUUGUCACCUUUAUCUGUUUGGUGGUAAGGAUCUAUUAAAGGGAUCGAUGAGACGAGUCAUAUUUUAUAGUGCCAGGACAAAUAAAUGGCACCGUGCUCCAGAUAUGCUUCGUCGAAGGCAUUUUUUCGGUUCAUGUGUGAUAAAGAAUCGCUUGUAUGUUGCUGGUGGAGAGAAUGAGGGAGUGCAUCGGUCAUUGAGAUCAGCUGAAGUUUACGAUCCCAACAAGAAUAGAUGGUCAUUUAUUUCAGAUAUGAGCACUGCAAUGGUGCCCUUCAUUGGGGUUGUAUAUGAGGAUAAGUGGUUUUUGAAGGGACUUGGACCUCACCGGCAAGUGAUGAGUGAGAUCUACCAACCCGAAACAGACAGCUGGUACCCUUUCUAUAAUGGAAUGGUUGCAGGCUGGAGGAACCCCUGUGCUUCCUUAAAUGGGCAGCUCUAUGCCUUGGAUUGUAAGGAUGGUUGUAAGUUGAGGGUUUAUGAUGAAGUGGGUGAUUCUUGGAGUAAGCAUAUUGACAGUAAGAUACACUUGGGCAAUUCUCGGGCUCUGGAGGCGGCAGCGCUUGUUCCACUUAAUGGAAAACUUUGCAUCAUUCGAAAUAAUAUGAGUAUAUCUCUGGUUGACGUUUCCAAGUCCAAUGAUCUGAAGGGAUCUACUGCUCAACAUUUAUGGGAAACUAUAGCAGGGAAAGGUCAGUUCAAAACCUUGGUUACGAAUCUUUGGUCUAGCCUUGCCGGCAGGAACCGGCUGAAAAGCCACAUUGUUCACUGCCAGGUUCUCCAAGCAUAGCGCGACCGUAAUGUUUUCCACUCAUGCCUUGAGGUAUCUCUUGAAUAUGAUGGGGGUUGAAGCGCCAACAGCUUGGCCAGGUUGAUGCUUCUCAUGUUGUCGGAAUUUCUGUUUUUGCUAGAUUGCUAGGGUUACAAAUAUUUAUAUGAUACACAGUUGUUAAAUAUAGAAAAUUGAAAAUGCUUGUUUAAAUAUUCCUUAGCUCUUCAAAUGACUGCGAAUUUGGUUUUGCCGUAUUAAGGAUUGGCUAUGUUGUUGUAA